UAGUGUACAGCUGGAAUCUGUUGUCUAAAUUUAAAAAUUUAUAAAAAUAUACAUUAUUUUUAAUAUUAAAAUCUUGUGAAAUUUUAUGGUAACUUUUACUACGAUUUUUUUCCAAAAUUUUAAAAAACAAAAUAGAAGUAAUAAGAAUUUUUACAGCUAUGAACCCCAGUUCCUUUGAAAGAGAAUGUACUAAUCAAUGUAAAUCAAUAAUCCAUGGAGAUGUAAUCACAGAUGCUAUAUCAAAAAGAAGUAUCUCAGACCAAGACUUGUGUUCUUUUCUCAAUUUCGUAUGCAGUAGAUGUGAAUCUGUCAUCGACUCCUCCGGUAGAACUGCUUUGCAUGUUGCUGCUUCCUGUGGAAGACUGAAUCUUGUAAGAUGGCUUGUUCUGAACAGGCAUGCAGACAUACAUGCUAAGGACCGGGAAUCUUCAUACACUGCCUUACACAGAAGUAUUUUUUAUGGAAAAAUAGAUGUAGCAGUAGAAUUAAUUAAAUUAGGAGCAAAUACAAGUGACUUAGACCUAGACUACCUCACAUCAUUAGAGCAUGCUAUGAAAGAUGGCCCUAAGCCAGAAGCUGGAAUUAGCGGUGGUGAACUUUAUUCCUGGGGUUCUAACAACAAUAAUCUGUUAGGGCCGCAACAAACUAAACAAAGCCCAGAUUUGCUAGAUUCUUUUCACAGGGAAUACCCUGGUGAAUAUGCCAAACAGAUCUGUAUAGCCCAAUUCCACAGUACAAUUAUAACAGUCUCAGGUAAAGCUUUAACUUGUGGCCAUGGGCAAGGAGGAAGGCUUGGACUUGGCGAUGAAAAGACUGUAGUCACUCCCAAAGUUGUGAACUUUGUAGGGCAUCAAAAAGGGGAAGUUGUAACAUGUAACCAAGCCAGUAUAUCAAGAGAUCACAGUAUUUUCUUGUGUUCAGAUGGAAAUAUCUACACUUGUGGCUUGAACACUUACCAAGUGCUAGGUCAAGUGCCUCCACCGGAACGAUCCUUAGUUCCUAAACCAAUAAAACACCUUUCAAAGGAAAUCCAAGGUGUGUGUUCUAGUCAGUAUCAUUCAGUAGCAUGGGGUCCAGGUGCCUUGUACACUUGGGGCCUCAAUGCUGGCCAACUUGGAGUGAAGGCUAAUGAGCAAAAAUCAAAGUUCAUAGCUGCCCCAAAAUUGAUAACUAUUGCUCAAGAUGUUUCUAUUAACCAUGUAGCUAGCAGCAAUGGAGCUAUAGCUGUGUGUACCACCAAUGGGGAUAUUUAUGUCUUUCAUGAGUAUCUGUGUAGAAAAAUUGCCUCAAGGCAGCUUAACUUCAUUCAAGUUAGCAUUGUUGGUGGUACCUUGGAUUCUUCUCUGUUAGACAAAGAGUUGGCCAGAGAAAUAAACAGUGAGUUAAAAGUGGCUGUACUAACCAGUGAUGGAAACGUAUUACUGUGGCAAGGAUCAGAUCAGCAGUUGUGUCGGUGUAUUUAUUCGAUAAACAGGGCCAUAGUAAUGAAACAGAUCGAAAUGAGUCUCAAUGAGCUCUUAAUGGUGUCCAGAGAUGGUGAAGCUUUCAAAGGUUUUAUCAAACCAAGGAGGAAAAGAGUUACAAAUCAAAAUAAGAUUACUAAUUCGGCUGAAAAGAACCAAAAAUCCCAGAAAAGUGCGUUUCACAAGUUUUUAGAAAAAGAAGAUUGUGUAGUAUUGUCUUUACAAAAAAUAACAAAAAUCCAUCGGGCUCUAUCUAUGAUAAGUGACCUUAAAGGAAAAGAUUUCGCAAUUAUACAGGCUCCGCCAUACAAAAACUUCACCUUUGGCGAUAUUGAGAGGUCUGAUAUGAAGGAAAACUUCGAAACACUCCUUCUAGAGAGUGACGACUGUGAUACGGUUCAUGAUGUAGUUUUUAAAAUAAAUGACAAAACUAUUCCUGCUCAUAAAUACGUCGUGGCUAAUUCCAGUCCUUAUUUGGAAAAGUUGAUGGAAAAACAAGACAAGGUUAUUCUAAACAGUAUUAACUCUGAAAUAUUUAGACAAAUGUUAAAAUUUAUGUAUAGUGGAGAGUGUGAAUUAACGAAAUGUGGUGAAUUGAAGAACGAAACUUUAAAGAAGUUGUGUUAUGUGAAAGACAGCAGUAGAAAGGACAAGGAAAAUGUUGAUGAUGUUAUUGAAGUAAAUGAAGUUGACAAGGACAUUUCCGCUUUUGAAUACUAUAAAAAUAAUCAACAUCAGAACAAACACAAACCCACAGAGAACAAAAGUAAACAAUCCCGAAACCCAGUGAGGUUAUUACACGAAAUGGCCAAAAAAUAUGAAUGUGUCACUCUACAAAAGUGCCUGAGCAACUUGGAAAUGAGUAACUAUGUUAUUUUUAGCAAAAACAAUGGAGCGCAUCGAUCUGCGAUGAACAUAAACUUUGACAGGUUAAAUUUUGCGACGUUUUAUGAUGUGACUAUCAAAUGUAGGGAUAAUAAAACUCUCAGUGCACACAAGUGUGUUUUAGCGGCACGCAUGGAGUACUUUAAUAACAUGUUUAUGAGGUGGCAUGAGAAUUCCACUGCCGAAGUGUCUCUUCCGUUUCCCAAGAACACAGUAGAAGCUUUAUUGGAAUACCUAUAUACAGACUCACUAUCGAAACUGAAUGCCCUAGAAGUGGAUCACCUGUUCAACGUUGUUAUUUUAGCAGACCAGCUCUUCGUCCAAAGACUGAAAGAGCAAUGCGAGUUGCUACUCUCGGAUUUGUUAACAAUGAAGAACGUUAUACAAGUACUGUCGUUUGCCGAUGUUUACUGUGCCAAUAAACUCAAAUACUGCUGUAUGAUGUUCAUUAUAGCUAAUAUAACUCCAUUACUGGAACUGAAGGCUUUCAACGACUUGGACGACGAUCUUCUAAAAGAACUUUCCGAUUUUUAUUUCGAGCAGAAAAGAGAAGUUCAUUGUAGAGUGAUAACGCCGUAUUCGACGGCGGAAGCGGACGAAGUCAUAGCUUCUAUAGCCUCGACGUAUCCCGUAUCGAUGAGUGAAGAAAUCGACAUAACUCCUAGCAAGCCACUACAUAAGAAGAGAAACCGACAACAUAGAACUUCCGAAAAAUCCAAUUCUAUUUCGGAGAAAGACACUAGUUUUGACAGUAUUAUCCAGUUUCCUGACGAACCAGACGUAAUAGCUGAAGUAGACAACAAAGUAACCGAGCUACCCAACAGAUUGAAAUCAAUCACCUUGGCUAGCAGGAUUGUUAAGGAAGAAUUGGUGCAGGAAAACUUCACGAAGUUGAAUAAGUCCAGCCUUAGUGUAUCAUUUGAUGAUUCUGUACAAUUUCCUGAAUUAGGAAGUCCACCGGCUUAUUCUCUUACCAAAGCGUCUCCUCAGAAAUCUGAAACUAGGACUAAACCUGUCAAAAUGUCUCAGAAGCAGAGGAAAAGAUUGUCGUCGGAAAGUAAGGCUGUGGAGGGCCCUCCAAUUCAAGUAACUCCCAAAAAUCCUUGGAAGAUCCUACCAGAAGCAUCUAGUCCUGUCUCGACAGCAGACUCUAAACAUUUCGGUGAUAUUAUUUCCGAUGAAAAGAAACAAAAAGAAAACUUAAUGAAGAUGACCAAUAGGCCUCUUCUAUUUACUCAAAUUGAAGACAAAGCUAUAGACGAGUUAUACAAGUUUUACAAUGUCGAGAAUGCCUUCGAUGAGUUAAUAACCAUUGAACGAGUGCACAUCGGCGCCAUCGCUUGUCCAGUGUGGGUACCAAAACAGAAAUAAAUCUCCAGAAAAAUGUGAUAUUAGUUGUUAAGAUUUUUGUACUUUCUUAUAAAUAUCAUUUUUAUUGUGAUUUUUAAUUUUAUCUUUAUUUUAAUAAAGUUUGUUUUUAAAAUUU